AGCAUGCAGAUAUAAAAAUUUGGAGAAGAGAAGACUGUAUACGAGAGGAAUGUGGACACGUAAGGGUUUGUUAUUUCAUUCAAAAGAUGGGGCAUGUACGAAGGCCUGGAAGAUGGAUUCACGUGCUUCUGACGCAAUGUACGAUGGCAUCUUCAGAUGACGGUUCAGACAUACGACAGCGCAUUGGUUGGAUGGAUAAGCGGAAGGAGAGAGGUAGAGACCAACGGUGGUGGCGGGCGGUGACUGGGGCUGCGAACAAUGGGUUACCAACCCGACUGGAGACCCAAGCUUCUCGUAAUAAUUCGUAUCAGUCCGAGCCCGAUGUGUGCGUGUCGAUAGUAGAGGGCAAGGUCGUUGCGAUCUCACGGUUCAGAAACACGCAUUGGAAACUGUAUAGGCUUGCCAUCCUCACGCGCCGAAUCAAAUCUGGUGUACAUGCGCAACGAGUUUAUUAUGCUUCCAUGCCAGGUUGCUACCCCAAAACGAUGCAAUGAUAACGUACCCUAUCCUAAUCCAGAUGUAUAAAAAGGACCACCGCAUCGACUUCCUCUCUCCAGCAUCACAAUGUCUGCCCCAGAAACCGCUACCAAAUUCGCACCUACCCAAUCCUCUUCCGUCCUCGGCGGACAGAUCGUCGGCCGCACUGAGCGCCAGGCUGCACCUCCCGCAGCUUUGAAGCUUCGUCUUGACCUCAACCUUGAGGUGGAGAUUGCCAUCCAGGCCAAG